UCAAAAGCUGCUUCUCUCAUCCUCUCCUCGCUACUGAAGUGAUCAGACAUCAAACUCUGAAGAAGGAUUUUAAAAAUGAAGUUACUAGGUUGGAUGCAUCGCAAGUUCCGGCAGAAUAGCAGUGAGCCACUCAAAGAUUUUGCCAUCGGACAAAGAUCACUGGAUGACCAACAAUACUACCCAAAGUCAAACUAUGGCACCAAGCCCUUAAGGCAACGAGACUACUACCUUCGAAAGUCAUUCGCUGGUCUAGAAGCAGCAAGAGAAGAAGAAGAAGAUGACUUUGAAGAAGAAUCAUCAGCAGCAAUUUCAGAACUCUUCCAUGGCUUUCUAGCAAUCGGUACCCUCGGCUCAGACCCAGUCGUCAAUGACCCAUCUACGCCAACAUUUGCCAUCUCUGUUGAGAACAUUACUGAGAAAGAAACUGAAGUGACAGAGAAUGAAUUGAAGCUCAUUAAUGAUGAGUUGGAGAAGGUGCUAGGAGCUGAAGCUAAAGAAGAUGGUUACUCAUCUGGGAGAAAUAGUCAUGUUAGCACAGGAAGAAGCAGUCAUGGUAGCACCAUCACACUUAGUGGCAAGCCAAUGGAAGGCACAGAGUCCAAUGGGAAUGGAACAACAGUAUGCCCACUCCAGGGCUAUCUUUUUGGGUCAGCAAUAGAAUUGCCAGAAACAACCACAGUGGCGAAAAAGGAACAUAGAACAUCUCUUGGUGAGCUUUUCCAGAGGAGUAAGGAGGAAAAUUCUGGAGCAAAAUGUGAGAGGGGGGAGAAGCGAACAGAUAAAGAAGCAGAUAAAUCUGCCGUGCAUAUCAUGAAAAAGAUGCUAAAGAAGAAAAUGCUCCAUGCUUCUUCAAGGAACUCUACUGCAGCUGGGGGAACAGUUGAUUCUGCUUCCGCAGAAACGAAGCUACAUAAGAUCCUACAUAUGUUCCACAGAAAAGUUCAUCCAGAAAGCUCAACCGCCACAGAAAAGCCAAACAGGCCCCACAAAAAUGAGAUCAAGAAUGGCAUCUUCUAUGACGGGGGGUGCAACAAUGGAGAUCGGAUGCUCCCAGACGAAGACAUCAUGAUAUUUCCUCAGAGAACCCUUUCGAAGGAGAGUAUACGACGUUACAAGAGCCAGUCUAACCCUCCCCAGUUCACACUUUGUGGCAAUGAUUCAAAUGGGAACAGGGAGUACUGGAUCAAAACAGAUGCAGAUUAUCUGGUGUUGGAGCUCUAAAAGUCAGAAGAAGCAGACAAGUGUAGCAUUGCCAUCCUCCAUCAAUAAGAAGCAUUGUGGUGUAUGUUAAGAAUCUCCUUAUCGGUGAGUGUCACUAGUAAUAUGUGAGUGAUUAUAUCAUAAUGGGCUUGAGAGAAACAAAAGAAUAAAAGAGGCAUGCCUCUUAUCAUCUUAUUCCUACCUUUGAGUGGUGACCGUAAACUUAAUUGUAAACACUGUUCAACUAUAUUCCAACUAGAGUUUGGAAUGUUAAAUUACCCUGGAUUUGUAUAA